CAGCUAGUUGCACUAGUUAAGUUUCAAUGAUGAUUUAAGGUCUACAACAUAAUUCUAUAUGUUCAUAUGAAGAAUGGAAUUAACACAGACAAACUAUUAAGGAUCAAAUCUAUAAGGUUCUCCUUAACUGUUUAAAUAUGGAUCUAAGAAGUUGAAGUAACAUAUAAUCUGGAGGAACAAAUUAGACGACAAUUGGAAAAUAAAAACGACAAAACACAAACUUUAAAAUGGAUUAUAUUGUAAACUCAACUAAGAACAAAACUUUUGACACACCAUGUGGGGAGGCUGUGUGUUUAAGUAACGGUGUACUGACCAUGAUGGAAACUAUAACUAUUAUACUAUGUAUCGCAGGAAUCAUGGGAAAUCUUCUAACUGUGUUCGCGAUUGUGACAUCACCACUGAAAAUGAACAUCAACAGCAUUCUGAUCGGUAAUUUAAGCUCUGCCGACGUACUUUACUGCGCGAUUGUUUUGCCGCUUCAAGCAGCUGCCUACCAUUUCAAUGGCUGGCCACUAUCAGAUGCAAUGUGCAUGCUCCAUGCCGCAGCUAGACUUUGGCUGAUUGGGGUCAACAUGAUGUUGUUAAGUGCCAUAGCCCUGUAUCGUUGUCUGCAUAUAGCACAUAUUCAGAGUUACCAUCGACUCACAACACAGGUUCCAUUCUUAUCUAUAAUAGCACUCUGCUGGAUUUUUCCACUUGGUUUUGUCAUUACUCCCUUGGCUGGAAUAUGGGGGUCGUUUUCCUUUCAGGAAAUGAUCCUGCGGUGCACUUUUACCCAAAAUGCGGAGAAAUCUCACAAGAUUACCGUGAUAACCCUUGGCUACGUUAUACCAUGUUUGUUUAUACUGAUAUGUUAUGCCAGAAUCGGAAGUGUGGCCUAUCGAACUCGCAAACGCGUUUCCAGAGCCAGUAUAUACCGUAAACAAAAAGCUCAAAGACAAUCUCUGCGGCUCACUGGAAUGAUGCUGUGUAUAUAUUGUGGUUUUCUGUUUGGCACCACGCCAUAUUUUUUGACGAAUCUGUUUGAUCCGAAAUACACACAGCCAAUUGCCCAUUUAUUCGCUCCGUUUCUGGCGUGGAUUCUCUACUGUGUCAACCCAAUUAUUUACACAUUGAUGGAUAAAAAUUUUCAGAACGCCUAUAAACGACUAUUAAUGAUGGAGGUUUGUAAACCAAACGCACCACGUGAGGAUGCAGACCAGGAGACGUCAUAUGCUCAUAGAUAGAUAUAGAUAUAUUAAAAUAAAACUGGAUUUAACUGUGUUAUUCAUGUUUUUGUUAUCAUGUAUGAGAACUGUGAUAGACUUGAAUAAUAAUCGAAUCAGAAAAAAAAAAACAAUCAAAAUCAUGUUAAUUAUAACGAUAUUUAAUUAUAUAUGACCAUAGAGGUAUAGAACUAUUUCAUUUACGACAAAAAAAAAUUAGCUGAAUAUGAUGAUUAGAACACGAAUUUUAGACAGUGAUUUUGAUGAAUAUACCAAAAAGUGACUUUUACAGGGUGUUUUAUUUUUCUCCAAAGGAUACGAAUAUUGAUAACCUUAGUGACAUUUUUGGUACAAAAGAAUUUGAUUUAUGACAUUGAAUUAGCUGAAUAUUAGGAUUAGACACUGAAUUAGCUAAAUAUCAGGAUUAGACACUGAAUUAGCUGAAUAUCAGGAUUAGACACUGAAUUAGCUGAAUAUCAGGAUUAGACACUGAUUUAGCUGAAUAUCAGGAUUAGACACUGAUUUAGCUGAAUUUAUAGCCUACCAAAAAAGUGAUCUUCAAAGGAUGUAUAAGUGAGAUUAGAUUGGAAUAUUAGUCUUCAAGAAUCUAAAUUGAAUUUGCCACCCGAUCUUCAGUGGAAUAAAUAGAAUUGCGCAAUCAUCUGCUAGAAUUUUCUGACAGCUUUGGCCAAAUUUUCAGUGGCACGUAUAUUAUGCAUCAGGUGCACGCUUUGUGAGUCCAGCGCUUUAUAAAUGGAGAUAUUAUUUUAUUAUUUUUCUAUUUGAUUGCUGUAAAUGUCAUUUCCGACAUGUCUCUAUUUAGAUUUUUGUCGUGAUUCGACUCUUUUUGAAUCAAUAUUGAUUUAUAAAAUGAUGUAUCAAUUUUCACGUAAUUUCACGUGAGUUUAAUUGAUGAUGAUUUGUUUUUAAAUGAUGGCAAUUUGAUAACCAUUUUGUUAUCCUUGAUAGAUCUUAAUAGAAGUCAUUCCAUUUUGAUACAUUAUAAUUUCAUAUUACAUGACUAUAAAAGGUAUGCAUGAUAAAACAAGCUUCUUUUUGAACACUUGCACUCUAGAUCAUAAGGUCUGUCAUUGAGUCAAAUGGCAUGGAUUCGAUCAAAAUCUUGUAUGUGACAAGGAGUAAUAACCUCAAGGGUUUUCUCCAGGCCCCAGGUUCACAAAGUAUUCUCAGACUUCGGUUAAGAAUUUACUCAACUUUCAAUCAGUUUAUGAGAAAUAUCUUUGAUCCAGAAACACAAAAUUUGCACAUAGUUUCUUUUUGAUGUAUUUGAUACAUUAAAAUAACAAACGUUUUAUAAAGGGAUAUAUUUUAGUUAAAAUAACCAAACAAUUUCGAGUAAAUUCUUAACUUAAGUCUGAGAAUGUUUUGUGAAACUGGGACCAGGUUUCUUUAUGGGCGGAAGCGGUGAGAAACUGAGUUUAACUUAACUCAAUAGAAAUAAAGUCUUUACGGGGCUAACAAUAGUGUAUUUAUAUUUCCAUGUUUAAGGGGUCUUUAGCAGUGGUAGGGAACACAAAAUUUCUGAGAAAGCCCACACGGUUAGGAAGACAAACACACUCCUUGUCACCUAUGAAAUUCAGGGUGGUUAAGUGAUCUAAUAUGUGCACUUUAGAUCAUAAAGCCUAUCAUCGAGUGAAAUGGCUGGUUUUCAACCGUCUUCUCUUUUCUUUAAAUUCGAAACAUGAAGGGUUCUUUUACUAUUUAUGUCAAAAUAUUUUGGAAUAAUAGUUAUUUUGUCAAAAGUCAGAAAUAUUAAUUAUAAGAUGAUAGGAAUAAUAAUUUAUAUAUCAAAAAUAUUUUGGCAUAAUAAUUAUAUGUCAAAAAUAUUUUAGAAUAAUAAUUAUGUGUCAAAAAUGCUUUGGAGUAAUAAUUAUAUGUCAA